CUGGGUCUCUUGCAGGAUGGACACACACAUAACUUUAAAGUGAAACUGGAUCCACCUAAAAGUAAAGAAUACAACGUUUACUGUUGUAAACCCCAAACGGUGCUGGAGGCCAUAAAAUCCCAUUUGCCUGACAAAUUUAAAAAACAGAUCCAGUGUCCAGAUGAAAACAUCAUCAUUCAGCUGAACUACAUGGACGGGGAGCCUUUCAUUCCAACACACUUCCCUUGUUCCUGUGUUGAGGAUGGGGGGUCUCUGACCAUUCUUAAGGAUACCAAGGUGGUUGAAAAAGCCAGAAAGAGAGAUGGGGCCAUUUUGAAGAAGGAUCAGUAUUCUGUCUUUUACAUUGCCACAGAGGGCGGGCAGGACACCAGGACAAAGGUGCUGUUUCAUAGCAGCAAACUGAAACGGCACGAUUUUCUCUGCAUUUAUGGCGCCAAAGGGAUGACGGUGGAGGAGGCUGUGAGGGAAGACGGCCGCUUCAUCGACGAUCUUGGCGACUUCACCCUGUCCGCCUACGACAAUAAAAACGAAAUGACAACGUGCACAUCUAGGAUUGAUAAUCUUAAUCAGAAGAAAUUCAGAAUCUGUCUUCCAAUAUGGAACAACACAGGAGGAAAGAGUGAUAACUUAUUGGUAAAACUGGCAGAGGAAAGGGGAACAAGUGUGAAAGAGUACAUCGAGCAGAGAGGCGAGGGCAGUGAUUCAGAGGUAUAUGAACUUCUUCGCGAGCAGUUCCCAGAGCUUAAAAAACUGAUGGAGAGUCGGUUUCCUGAUCGUUCCUACCAGGAAGCCCUGAUUCUGAGGAAGGAGAACUUUGUAAAGAUACUAAAGUCCUUUAGUGAAGUUCACAGAGUUAGGAAGCUGCUUGAAAUGGGAAAGUCGGUUUGCAAAAUCGUUGUUGGAGAUAGGUGUACGGGAACAGGCUUUGUGCUUCUGGAUAAUAUAAUCCUGACCAACGCACAUCUGUUUAAAGGUUGUGUUGAAGGAGCAAAGGUGCAGGGGGACGUAGAAGUAUAUGCUUUGUUUAACUACGAGGAACCGGAGCCAAAGACCAAUUACGUUUCCUUCCGUGCUAAGGAAAAGUUUGUAGACUUUAAUACUGAGCUGGAUUACGCUGUGCUGGAGCUCAAUCCAGAUGAUCAGAAACCCAACCAGCCAGUAGAGAGCAGGAAGAUACCACGAGGGCUGCUGGUGAAAUUUGGCCCGAUGCCUAAGAGUGGACAGGCCUGUCUCUUAGGCCAUCCUGCAGGAGAGGUGAAAAAAAUGGAUCCCACAUCUAUAAUAGAGCUGGAAAACAGGGGAAAGGCUGUUAAUGACCAUUUUGCUUCAUAUGGGAAUUCUCUGUUCAUUCUGGAUUUGAUUAAGUCCAUCGAAGACCAAGGCAUUGCAGACAUCCUGAUGGGUGGAUCUAAAGCAGAACAAGUGGGGACCUACAACACCUUCAUGUAUCAUGGUGCCUCUGGCUCUCCGGUGUUUGAUGCUCAGUGCAGAGUUUUCGGGUUGCACACUGGAGGGUACUGCUAUGACCUUCCAUUGCAUAAAGAUAGUGUGAUCGAGUUUGCACAAGGUCUGCUCACUAUCUUUGAAAGCUUUGUGUCAAAUCUGGAGAAAAGCAGUUGUUGGACAAAGUUAGAGAGGCAGGGAAGGAUAAUCCACACCUUAAAAACAUACUCCAGCCUGAUCCUGUGGAAGACAUGGAGCCAAAACAUCCAUGUGGAGUUGGCACAGGUGGAGGUGGUGGAGUCGGGACAGCCAGAUGUGGUCCCAUCCACCAAUGCCAACGUCAAAGAGUCAAGACGCUCCUCUAUGGUGAGCCUGCUGCUGAUGGGCGUGGCGGCCUGGGGCCGGUGGCUGGGGCUGGUGUCCAGCUUCGGCGUGGUGGCGGCGGCCGUGGGCGUGGGCGCCUUCCUGCUGCUGAUGGUGAGCCUGCUGCUGAUGGGCGUGGCGGCCUGGGGCCGGUGGCUGGGGCUGGUGUCCAGCUUCGGCGUGGUGGCGGCGGCCGUGGGCGUGGGCGCCUUCCUGCUGCUGGUGGCGCUCGCCGGGCUGUGCGGCGCCCUGCGCCACCACCAGGUCCUGCUGUUCUUCGUAUCCUUCCCGCCUCCGGCUACUGUCCGAAUCUUUCCUUCCCGCCCCAAUCUUUAG